AUGAGUUCCUUUUCGCGCGGCUGCGGGGCGCUGCUGCGUGAACUUAGUGGGCUGCCGCCUUUUUCUUCCUUCCCUCUCCCUGCCCUCACUCUCUGCGCCGCACCCCACCGCGCUCCCCAUUUCUCUCUCUGUUUCUUCCUCUCCGCUGCCCCGCAGCCUACUGGCUUUGCUGCGGCUCUACUGCCGCCACCACCACCGCUGUUUUUACUGAUGGCGCUGACGGUGCGGCGCCGUGCGGUGUGCGCCCUGGCGCUCCUCGCGCUGCUCUGCGGCGGCUGCGUCUCGUUUGUCUGUGGGGCGGACGCUGAGGAGGCUCAGACGACCGGGGAUGUGAAUGUGUCGGUGGAGGUGUCGUGCCCGAACACUGAGAAAAAGUUGCGUUGGCGCGUUGCCGGCGAGGGCGGUUCUGCUGCCUGGAACACGUGCCCCACCACACCGGGGGGUUCGGAGGGCAGUGGAGGCGCUGCUUACAGUAAUUCCAUCUGCCUCACUGCCGGUUCGGUGUACCUGGAGAAGUUCUUGACGGGGAAGUGCCCUGCAUCCCAGCCAACGGAUGGCGGAGACGCUGCUUUGUUCACGAUGAACUGUACGGCGGCCGCAAACAGUGCGCUGCACAAUCUGUCGAAGAGCGAAGAUGGCAACGUCUCCAUCAAUCCAACGGACAAUCCACUGGGCGCGUCAGGCGGUUGUGAGUACCCAAACUUCAGCCAACCCGCGGCUGAAGUGCAGUCUGGACCCCAACCACAGGAACAAGAGCAAACAGCCGGUCCACGGGCAGCAACACGAUCGUCGCCACAACGGCUGCCAGCACCUCAAGCCCCCGUCAAAACUGCGCACGAGGGCAAUCCAUCAGGCGUCAGUCGGUCGGUGCCUGGAGAACCCACUGCUCCUGCAGGGCUGCCGGGCACUGUGGCUGGUCUCACCGGAAGUCAGGAACAAUCGGCAGAAGGUAUUCAGAAAACACCAACGCCGUCGGUUGGCACUGCGGCUUCGUCAACACAGACGGCAGGGGAGAGGGCAGCAGAUGCACACGGAGGUACACAAACAUCUUCAACCACCCAAGGCCGAUCUGGCACGCCCAACGCCGCCGCUCCCGCCAGCGACAAUGAUGGAAUAACCACAACGACGGCGAUCACCCGCAGUCCGAGUGAUGGGAGCGGCGCGAAAAGCAACGCGGACGGCAGUGCCACCAACAGCAACGCCACUCAGAAAGCCGUGACAAAUGCUGCGGAUCGCAGUGCCACCAACGCUCUGUUUGUGCGUGCUUCUCCGCUGUUGCUCCUCACGGCUGUCCUUGCCUGCGCUGCUGGGCAGUGGUGA